GGUCACGUGGAGUAUGAUUCUCCUCCCACUGUGAAACGCCGCGAAGGGAGGUUGUGGUAGCUACUGGAAGGGAGUGUGGCUGCAAAAAAUCGGCGAAAAGUACAGCAAAAUUAUUUAUUGUGAUCCGUUAAACCUAGGCAAGCACCCGUCUAGUAGACUCGGUGCCGGACGUGGAUGUACGUUUACUUAAAGGAAGAAGUCGACUCAACUUCUACUUGAUUUUAACGAUUUCAGCGUUAGCUAGCAAGCUAACCGCAUGCAUGCAGGAGCUGAAUCAAAACAACAGCAGGAGCUUAGUAGUGGGGAAGUUUAGCAGCUGAACUGCAGGAGUUUGCCUUGGUAGUUAAAACAACUGGACGAAAUAUAUCGACCACUCGAGAAAUAAGAAGCAAAAAUGAUACACAAGUGUGCAGUGGGAGGCUGUCCAAACCAGUCGGAUACAAUUAUUCAUUACACACUUCCCGAGGAGACGAGCAGACGUCGGCAGUGGGUUCAGUUCAUGCGAAGGGGAGGUAAAGGAGUGGACAUCUCUCUCUCCAGUAGGAUUUGCGGUAGCCAUUUCUCUGAGGACAGUUUCAGUAAACUGGAUCUGGGAUUCACUACCCGGUUAAUAUUAAAUGUAAAUGCCGUGCCAACCAUUUAUCCAGGAGACUUCACAGAGGCUAAAAAGCAACACGAUGUCUCUAGAGUGGAGAAUGGCAUUAGACCAGUCAAUGGAUUGGGGACAACUUCACCACCAGCAGGAGAAACUCCGAAGGAGGAGACAGAGAGGCCGCUUGAGUCUAAGCUUCCUGCCAACAAAACUGACCCAUCAGUUCCACAGACGUUGGUGCAGGAGCCAACAAGGGAGCAGCAGCCGUUUGAGUUUGAGCUUCCUGUCCAACAGGAGGAGGAGGAGGAGGAGACACAGGACAGCCAGUUUAAUAUCAUAAAAGUCGAGCCACAAGACGUGGACCCGCACAGUACCCAUCUCGAACCCAUCAACGAGGACGCUGCUGACUUUGAUGGUGCCCCUCCUAGCAUCACAGGACUCCGUCGCACCCAGUACGAGGAGUUUAGCGAGGGGCCGUUUUACUGUGUCUACUGCGGGAAAAUCUAUGCCAAAGAAAUGAACCUCAAGCGACACGAGCUGACACACCAUCUCCAGGGCACCGCAGUUCCGGCAUCUGAGCUUCCCAAACCAUACCGCUGCAAUCAGUGUGGAAAAGACUUCACCAUCAAAGCGUUCUUGAGAGCCCACCAAAAGGUGCACGUGACAGCAGAGUCGCAGAUGGCUUUCGGCUGCCCCAAGUGCGACAGGCGGUUCCGCAAGAAGUCGAGCCUCCAGAAGCACAUGCAAAACCACCUGGAGAGGCCCAACUACCCGUGCCCUGUGUGCGGGGAGGAGUUUGAGAUGAAGGGCGGUCUCCACAACCAUGUGAGGUCCCACCCUGGCGAAAGGCUUACCUGCAAGCACUGCGACCAGAGGUUUUUGAAAUUCGACGCCUACAUCAAACACGUGGACAAGCACACCGUGGUGACCGAGUACCACUGCGCGAAGUGCAACAUCUAUAUGCUCACAGACAGAGGUUUCCGCCUGCACAAGGGUCUGCACGCACGCCAGGACCAGAAGGCAGAGGUGCAGAAGUCCAGAGAGUUGGGGCUCAUAAAUGUUGGGGGGCGACCGAAGAAGGUGAUCGCACCAGAUGCAACUCAAUCAGAAGCAGGCACAGACGCACAGUCCCUCCCACUCGCAGGCACAGCCGAUGGAACUGAUGAGGAUGCAGCAUUGCACGACACAACACCCUCAGAUGAUGCUGAGAUGGAGGAGGAGGAGGAAGAGGAAGAGCUGGAAAUGGAUGAGAAGGAGGAAGAGGAGGAGCUGGAGAAUGAGGAGGAGGAGGAGGAGGGAACCUCUCCAGAGGAUGACAGCCAGGAGGAGUCCAGUCAGGAUGACCGGUCAGCCGUAGAGGUCACUCACACACAGCCCUAGAGGUUACUCACACAGCCCUAGGCUCUGGCAUAGACACCUUUACCAAGCUGGGGUCUAUAUACCAAUACCAUAGUUGCUGCCUACUCCUUGGCUGCAGUGCUAUUUCCAAUUACCAACCGACUAAUAUUUUUAAUUGCUAGCAACUACAGUGUUUAAACACCACGGGCAAUGUGGAUUCAGAGGCUACAAUCCAGUGCCACAUAUUCAAAAUUACCUAGUUUUAUAUUUGACAGGUAAAGCUGGGUAAUUUGGAAUAUGUGGCUCAAGAUUGUACUGGAGCUUCUGACUCCAAGGUGCCCACCACCUGGAAACAAUUCGCUCCUCACCCCUUACAUUAGUCUCAAAGGGGAGUUGGGGAAAAAUAUGUGAGCAGCAUUGUAGAUGUAUGCUAUAUAUACUGUAUAACAUUCACAAUGAAUUUGAAUGAAUUAAUGAAUUAGAAUGUAUUAAACAAACUGUACAACUAC